AUGCCCUGGUCCUUCGCCCUCCCAGAAGCGAUUUUCGCCUCACCACUCCUCUCCACAUUCACCCCCAUCGCGGCAGGAUGCACGGUGGGAUACUUGGUGAACCGGAAUGGCACAAAACCCCUCUACACCUCCCUAAAACAACCGCCCCUCGCCCCACCCCCCUGGCUUUUCGCCCCCGCCUGGACAACCCUCUACGCCCUAAUGGGCUACGCAGCCUACCACGCAACCUCCGCAACAUCGCUCGUCUUCCCACUCUCAACACUCACAUCGGCCUCAGAGGCCCGGUCGACGAUUCAGACCCUCUACACGACGCAAUUGCUCUUCAACUACGCGUGGAUGCCGCUGUUCUUCGGGCUGAGGAAGCCCCUUCUUGCCGCGGUGGAUAUGGCUGCGCUGUCUGUGAAUGUGGGGGUGCUUAUGCGGAUAUUUUGGGAUGCGGAUCGCACGGCGUUUUGGUGCUUUGUCCCGUAUGCGGCGUGGUUGGGGUUUGCGGCGUAUUUGAAUGUGGGGGUUGGGUGGUUGAAUGGGUGGGAGCUUGAUGGGAAGGGGGACAAGAAGGUGAAGGGGCGGAAGGAGUAA